CGGGUGAUGUCAUGGGUUGUCAUGGCAGCGCGAUCAUCACGGGAGGGGUUAUCCGGGACAAGCAAUGUGAAGCUAGCAACAAUAAGCAACAACAGCAACUUCCGGUAAAACUUACUUCCGCAUCUCACUCCGGAAGCGACGUUUUUUCCCCAGUUAAAAGUCUCUCGUUGCUCUGAUAUAACGGUUAUCUCCAACUCCUGUCAAUCUCAGUUAACGGUUGGAGGAGAAAGAAGCAGCAAACAGAAGAGCACAAAAACAGCACAAAAAUAGCAAUAUUUCAAUCUACGUGGAAGGUCUACAAUAAAUAUACGUAGCUGUAUGGUUAACGGCACAAGACCAACAUGUGGCCAAGAUCAGCAGUGACCAGCCACUACCACAAGACAGCUUUCCCUGAGAAUGCAGGAAAGAACUCAAAGUUUGCUUUGGUUUUUGGCGACUCGCAUCUGAGGAGCCUGGUAGAUGGUUACGUUCAGAUGCCCGAGGGUGACCUGCGCUUUGGAUACAGCAGCACUCCAGGCGCUUAUGCAGCUGCACUCCGUAAAGAGGUGCUGAACGAAACCCUACCUGAAGAGCCGGACCUGGUGUGCCUUAUUGCACCAGGGAACAACCUCUCGAACAACACCAUCCAACAAGCAGGGAAGGAGUUUGCCAGCCUUAUCUGUUCAGCCCAGGGCAGAUGGAAUAAGGUAGUGGUAAUUGAUUUUCCAAACCGGCUGACAGUGGAGUUCCCGUAUCAAGACAUGUUGCCACAAGAGUACCAUCGAGCUGCAGCCAGCAUGAAUGUAAGGUACCUCUCCACCGUAGAUCACUUCCCUGCAAGGAGCUCUGACCUGUGGUGCCGUGACGGGGUGCAUCUAAGUGAUGACCAUGGAAUGCCCAUCUUUGCCCAACUGAUCUGGUGUGCAGCUUACUAUCAGCUGAACGUUCCACAGGGGAUCAAGACGCAGACGUGCAUUCCGCAGAGUGACCCCACGGCUGGUGGUGAGAGGGACACCAGCUGCACCACCACAGAGACGAGAUCCUUACUCAUGGGCUGAGGUGACAAGAGGACACAGUAAGAAGACGUCGAAUAGUAAUUGCAGACGGUUCCACUCUGUAAGUAUAACAUACAUUUUUUAAAAUUCUUUGCACUAAGAUAUUGUUUUAAUUAUUUAUGUCAGUUGAAAUGUCGUUAAUUAUAAUUAAUCAUUUUUACAUACCACAUGCUAAAAUAAAUGAAUUGAUUGGAUUACUAUGUAAUAUUUUUUAUAAUAAAAACAUUAAUGUUAACUUGUGUUUUUGUGAUACAAAAGUUAAACUGCACACAUUCGUUUCAUCGAAUAAAAAUCCAGUACUUAACAAUAACAGGAGAUAUAUCUGAUCAUCCUUUAAUUCUACAGCUUUUACAUUUGUUGUGCUAUUUGUUUUUCUUGUUAUGUUUUUCAUGGUAAAUGCCAUCAAUAAAAAUGCUCAUCAGUAA